AUGAAUAUUGUGAUUUUCAUUCUACCAAUUGUAUAUGCAUGCAUAGACUCAUUUGAUUGUUUUACAGAGAGUUCCAGAUUUACUUGUAAUGGGGAACCAUGUGCAGGAAAUCUAACAGAACUUGAUAACUUUGUAAAAUUUACAAAUAAUCUUUCCAUGUACUAUGAAUUAGAUACCUAUAAUAUUACUAUGCUAUUUGAAUUACAAUUAUGCUAGAGAUUUGCUAUUGUGUUUAAUUAUACUAAAAUGAAUGAUAUGAAUAAAACAUAUGAUGAAUAUGACAUUACCGGCAAAGACAUCAUUUUCUUUAGUUGGGCAGAAACUUAUGAUGAUUUAUAUGUAAAUGACAACAUUGGAGCAUCUGCAACUGCAUUUAUAUGGGAUGAAUAAUAAGGAGGAUUUCAAAGUUGGUACAUUUUGGGAUAUGCUAUUAUUAAUGAAACAAUUAGAAUCAAAAUUACUAGAGCAUUGCUUACAGAUGAUAAUGAAGAUUAUCAAUUCAAUUAACAAUACGUUAAUAUAGGAUAUCUUAUAGUAUAUAAUAAAGAAGGAAUGGUUUAUAGGAAUUAUAAUAGAGGAGUAAUUUCAGUGGAUUUAUAUAAUUUGGAUAGUAAGGUGGAGAAAUAUGAAUAAUUUACAGAUGAAGGACAUUCAAUUUUUCUAUUUAUUUUUUGGAGUUUUCUAUCAGAUAUUGGAAUUUUCUUUGGAAGAUAAUUAAAAAGUUAUCCAAAGUAUGCUAAAGUUCAUGGAAUGAUAUUCUUAUUCUAGAGUAUCGUAACAUAUAUCUUUGUUUUCAGUAAAAUCGAAUAUAGUAUUUUAUAUAUUAUAAUAUAGAUAAAUUAAAGAUCCAAGAAAUUUAUUAUUAUGAUGGAUUGAUUAUAGCUCAUUUUGUUGUUGGAGUUUCUAUAUUAAGUUUUUUGUUACUUCAAUUAAUGAUGGGCAUGAUUGUCAAAAAUAAUCUAGAAUCAUUGAAUGGUUCCAAUAAAAUCUAUAAAGUUAAAAGGAUUCAUUUUUAUCUUGGCUAUUUCAUCUAUCUAGUUACUAAAGCAUAGGUAGCAAUGGGAGUUCAUAUUCAAAGACCAGAUUUAUUGUAAAAAAUAUAAUUAUUCAAUAUAGAAUUCCCUUUUAUUAUUUCUAUGUGUUUCUCUUUUUUACAAAAAUGUCUAUUGAAAUACUCUAUUAUUAUGAAGUAUCAAUUAUACCAAGACAAAGAAUCACAUAUCAAUAUGUAGAAUUAGACAAAAAUCAAAUUUAUGAGAAUUUGAUAGAUAAAAUAAAUUAAAAUGGUAAAAUAUUUUUAGUAUAUGAAUUAGUUCCUAGAAAUCAAUUAGUUAAAGAAUAUUAAAAAUUAAAUUACAUAAUCCUUAGAGAAGCUAUUUAUGAUGUUAGUGAUUUUAAUCAUCCAGGAGGGUAGUAUAUUCUAGAAAGGAUUACUGGAAGAGAAAUAGGUAGGUAUUUUUAUGGAGGAUUCCCAAUUUAAAAUUUAAAUAUCAAAAUGCAUAUUCAUACUUAAUUUGCUAUCAAUUAUAUUGAAACUAGAUACUUAGGAGAUUAUAGAAAUGAUAAUUGUCCAUUAUUAUAUUACGAAGAAAAUACAUCCUAGAGUGAUAAAUAUGUAUGGAAAUUUGAACAAUAUAUUCCAUUUGCUUCAGAUGUUGGCUUAUUCAUAUUCAAAAGUCAUUUCUUUUAAGUUCGUCAAUUCUUAAAAGGUGUUUAAUGGUUUGGUCGAUACUUCUACAUAAAACCCUUUGGAACUGGUAUCAAUCUAGCAGAAAGACCAUAUUCAAUUGUUAUGUCAUACACACAAUCUGCUAUUCUAAAGAGAUAAUAAAUACUUGAUUUUUUUAAAUCAUAAGUCAUUGAAUAAGAUUACUAACCCUAUUCACCUUAACAACAAGCCAUCUUAUCUGAUGAAAUUAAUUUUGUUAUAAAGAGAUGUGAUUUCUCAAAUAACAUGAGUCGCUUCCUUCAUUGUACAGGACAUAAACCAUAUGAAAUUACAGGACCUUAUGGUUUUGGAUUAGAAUUAGAUGCUCUUUCUGAUGGAAUUCAUUAUGCUUUUGUUUAAGGCACUGGAAUUUUACCAUUUCUUGAUUUUAUUGAUUACCUUCUUAAAAAAGCUAUCUACACUAUUCUACAUGAUUAAAGAAGUAAAGAAGUAGCUGAUUGCAUAAAUGAUAAUAAUGAGGAAUACUUAACAACUCUAGGUCCAGAUUUCUAGUUAAUAGUUCAUGCUACUUUUAGUGAUAUUGCUCACUUUUAUGGACUACCAAUUAUUUAAGAUUUGUUGUUUAUUUGUAAAACCUUUCAUUUAGACUUUUUUGAUAUUAAAAUUAUGAUCAAGGAUCGUAAUAAUAUUCCAGAGGAAUUGACAAAUUAUAUGGUUGAAUCAUAUUUCAAUCUUAAAUAUAUGAAAGAACACUUAAAAUUCAAACCAACAAAAGUAUACGUUUGUGGAAGUCCUCAAUUUGAAGAAGAAAUUCAAAGCAAUUUAUUUGAUCUUGGAAUACCAAAAAAAUAUUUAGUUAUUGUGUGA